AUAGUUUUAAACACGACAUCAUCAUAUUAAGAGGAAAUUAAAAAAAAAAAAAAAAAAGGAAAAAGGAAACCCAGCUCCUACAUCACUAAUAUUAACCUAGCAGCUACCUUUUCAUCUAAAAUAAAAAUAAACUCUAAAUCUCGAUCUUCCCUUCUUUUAUAAACUUCCAAUUUUAUUUUUAGCCCGCUGCACAGAAGAAAAACGAUAAGAUUCCCGUUUUUAUAUGUUAAAAUGAUAUAUAAAUACAAUCUUGUUUAAUUUUAUUUUCGAUCUCUGCAAUUUCGGCCCUGAUUGGAGAAAGAUCACAAAUCAUGUCGAAUUUGGGGUAAAUUCGGCGUUUGACAUUUGGGUGUGAAGGGGAAGAUAAUUGGAGUUAGGGAUUAAGGAAAGGUCGGUCAAACGUCCUUAGCCAGGUCUCCUGAGUUUCCCGUUUUCUUGUUGCUUCUUUCGAUUUCAAAAGAAGAUGCUGUAUUUGAAGCAGCCAAGCUCCAUUAUUUGCAAAGGAGGACCGAUUGUGGUUUGGCAAGAAUAAGGCAAAUUUCCGUAUUGAGGUAUGGAUUUUUCUCUCAACGUAAACCAAAGGUAAAUAGCGAGAAAGUUCCAUCGUUAGUGCAUGCUCUUCUGAUAAAUUCCCUGAGCCUGGGGCUCGGGGGGGAGAUCUGAACCUGAAAUUGAAAAAUAACAACGGUGAGGAAAAAGAAGGUUACCAUGGAAUCCUCCGCUGCAAAAUAUUGCUGCGAUAAUAUUGACAAUCAUGAGAGCUCCUCCCAAUCUCAAACUUCUACAUGUAUGCAGAAAUUCAGACUCUACGAAACUCGAUCGAACUUUUAUAUGAUUGGAAGGGAUAAGAGUAGAACUUAUUGGAGAGUGUUAAAGAUAGACCGGCUUGAUCCUUCCGAGCUGAACAUUCGGGAAGACUCUACCACGUAUACAGAGAGUGAAUGCUCUGAGCUGUUGAGGCGGAUACAUGAAGGAAAUAUAUCCACCGGUGGAUUGAGAUUCGUUACAAUUUGUUAUGGCAUUGUUGGGUUUAUUAAAUUUUUGGGGCCUUAUUAUAUGCUGCUUAUUACAAAAAGAAGGCAGAUUGGCUCAAUUCGCGGUCAUAACGUAUAUGCGGUUUCAAAGACUGAGAUGAUUCCUGUCCCAAAUGCAACUGUUAAUUCAAGCAUUGUUGACUCUAAGGAUGAGAAUAGAUACAAGAAGCUCUUAUGCACGGUUGAUCUGACAAAGGACUUCUUCUUCAGCUAUUCAUACCAUGUCAUGCUUAGUCUUCAAAAGAACUUGUGUAAUAAUGAACCAGGUCAGGUUCUUUAUGAGACCAUGUUUGUGUGGAAUGAGUUCCUAACGCGAGGGAUACGCAAUCACCUCCAGAAUACUUUAUGGACAGUUGCAUUGGUGUAUGGCUUCUUUAAGCAGGCCACACUUUCUGUAUCUGGAAGGGACUUCAAACUAACGCUUAUUUCAAGACGCUCCCGUCACUAUGCUGGUACCAGGUAUCUAAAACGAGGAGUAAAUGAAAAAGGCAGAGUAGCUAAUGAUGUUGAGACAGAGCAGAUUGUCUUCGAGGAUGUCCCUGAUGGGCUUCCUGCAGAAAUAACUUCUGUUGUCCAGAACCGAGGCUCAAUUCCGCUCUUUUGGUCACAAGAAACCUCACGAUUGAAUCUUAAACCAGAUAUCAUAUUGUCAAAGAAGGACAAAAAUUAUGAAGCAACCAGACUUCACUUUCAAAAUCUUGUCAAAAGAUAUGGCAACCCUAUAAUUAUUUUAAAUUUGAUUAAGACACAAGAGAAGAAGCCUCGAGAGUCAAUUCUUCGUCAAGAGUUUGCAAAUGCAAUUGAUGUUAUAAAUAAAGAUUUGUCAGAGGAGAAUCGGUUGAGGUUCCUUCACUGGGAUCUACACAAAUAUUCUCGGAGCAAAGCGACAAAUGUUUUGCUACUCUUGGGAAAAGUGGCUGCAUAUGCAUUAAUGCUAACAGGUUUCUUUUAUUGUCGGCUGACUUCAACCUUGAAACCUGAGGAGUGCAUGGCUUGGCCUUCUGUUGAGAAUAUUGAUGAUAGUGACAUGUCACACCAUAAAUAUCUCAACAAUGUUAAUGAGGAUGCGUACAGAUUGGAGGGGAACUAUUCUGGAUAUAAUAAUAUUACUAAUGGGAAUCAUUCUCUCAAGCCUCCAACAUUCCAAAGAGGUGUACUUAGGACCAAUUGUAUAGACUGUCUGGAUCGCACAAAUGUUGCACAGUAUGCAUAUGGAUUGGCUGCUCUUGGACACCAGCUUCAUGCUUUAGGGAUUAAAGAUACUCCAAAGAUAGAUCUGAAUGAUCCUUUGGCAGAUAAUUUAAUGGGUUUUUAUGAGAGAAUGGGUGACACACUUGCGCACCAAUAUGGUGGUUCUGCAGCUCACAAUAAGAUAUUCCAGGAGAGAAGGGGUCAAUGGAGAGCAGCAACCCAGUCACAAGAGUUCUUUAGAACACUUCAACGAUAUUAUAGCAAUGCAUAUAUGGAUGCAGAGAAACAAGAUGCAAUUAAUGUAUUCCUUGGGCAUUUCCAGCCCCAGCCUGGUAAACCUGCUCUUUGGGAAUUGGGUUCAGAUCAACAUUAUAGGGGAAGAAAUGGGGAAACCACUGUGGAUGAAGAUGGAAGGUCAUUUUUCAAAAGAUCAUUUUCUGAUGGAAACAUUCUUCGUCAAAGUAUAUCACCUAUGCCAGCCAUAAAAGAUAAGCAGGAGAAAUUUACCAAUUCAACUUUACCCGACCGGUCACAAGGAAGUAAUGGCCUUUCAGAGUCAUCACCUGAGAUAUCAACUUGUGAAAGUGAUAUCUCGUGUUCAAGGUAUACACCCUCUAUGCCUCGAAGACAGCUAUUUGGAGAUGUGCAAAGAGAUCGCUAUCUUGAAACUGGCCAAAUUUUCUUUUCUGAACAUGGGGAUGGAGUUAAUUGCUCUAACUUUGUUGACCUAGACUGGCUUUCAUCCUCAGGAAAUUCUUGUGAGGAUGAACCAUUUGAGAGGUCAUCACUACUUACAAGCUCUCCUGGGCUUUCAUCAGAGAAUGUUGUCAAUGGAAUAUUGGGAGAAACAACCCCAUCCACCAGUGAAUAUGGAUCGAGUAUGAAGGGAAUGCAGCAGACAGGAACGGAGGAAUUCCCCCAGAGUUUUGUGCAGUGGGUUAACUAUGGACAGAUGCUUUCCCAUUAAAGUUUUGCUCGUUUUCCUCAAGUCAGUGACAUACACAUCCAUGACUCCAGCGAGUCAAGCUGCCGCAGUGAUGCAAGGCAUUGAGUCAAAAGGAGAAGCAGAAGCAAGCAGUUGUUGUAGUAGCCCUCGUAUGUAAGAUAACCUCCCAUGCAGUCUGAUUCGGUCCAGUCCAAUCCCCCCAUGUAUGACUACUAUUCAUUCCUUGAAAAAAGAAAACCCUCAAACCAGAAACUAAUACUCCUACUAGAAAAAGAGUACAUAGUCAAGAGUUAAAAACAAAUUCUUUCGGGAGCUCAUCAUAUCCCUCUUUAAUUCAUUUUAUCGGCAAACGGACGUAAUAGGGCUUCAGUUUCAGUUCAGUUCAGUCAAUCUUGUAAAUAUUUUUCUUUUGCUUUUCGAAGAGCUCCAGUUCCGAGUUUUAAGGUCUUUGAUUCUUUAUUUCCUUUCUAAGUUCAUCCAUGGCCAAAGACAGAGAAUACAUGAUAAUGAAACCGACGUUGCAUUUAAAA